AUGGCCCCCAGCAGAAAUGGGAAUGAUCUUGAAGCCCCACUUCCACAAGGACUGGCAGAGACGAGUGGCUACUUGGUUUAACCAGCCCGCCAGGAAGAUCCGCAGGCAAAAGGCACGCCAGGCCAAGGCACAACAGAUCGCCCCCAGAUCUGUGGCAGGACCCCUCAGGCCAGUGGUGAGAUGUCCAACCGUCAGAUAUCACACGAAGAAUCGAGCUGGAAGAGGCUUCACCUUGGAGGAGCUUAAGGCCGCCAGCAUCAACAAGAAGGUUGCUUGCACCAUCGGCAUCUCUGUGGACCCUCGCCGUCGCAACAGGUCAACGGAGUCCCUGCAGACCAACGUGCAAAGGCUGAAGGAGUACCGCUCCAAACUGAUCAUCUUCCCACACAAACCCUCCGCUCCGAAGAAGGGAGACAGCUCUCCUGAAGAGUUGAAGAUGGCCACCCAACUGAAGGGCCCAGUCAUGCCAAUCCGCCAGACUUUCAAGAAAGAAAAGGCGAGAGUCAUCUCCGAGGACGAGAAGAACUUCAAAGCCUUCGCCAGUCUGCGUAUGGCACGCGCCAACGCACGCCUCUUCGGCAUCCGAGCCAAGAGAGCCAAGGAAGCCGCAGAGCAGAAAGUGAGAAGAAAAAGU